AAGCAAAAAGGGCCCCUGCUAAAUGAACAAUUAUUGGAAGCUUAUGAAAGCAAAGAACUUUGUUACCAUCUCCAUAAAGCAAACCCACCACCUCCUCCUAAUACCUUUCCUCUCUUUUAUCCCACUGUCUUCUUUCUCACUAAGUUUAGCAUCCCUGUCUCCUUCUUCACUAAGAUAAUAGGAUCCAUCCUUCUACAUAUUAAGAAACAUCAUAACAGUCUGUUUAUCUAUUUCAAAGGGAAGUCUCAAGUUUCCUUACCUCCAUUCCAUUUUGGGGAGAGAGAGAGAGAGAGAGAGAGAGAGAGAGAGAGAGAGAGAGAGAGAGAGAGAGAGAGAGAGAGAGAGAAACAGACAGACAGACAGAGACCGAGAGAGAGAGAGACGGACAGAGACAGAGGCAUAGAGAGAUGGGUGCUGAUUGGGGACCAGUCAUUGUUGCUGUGGUCUUGUUCAUCCUCCUUUCGCCAGGGCUGCUAUUCCAAUUACCGGCAAGAACUAGGGUAAUGGAGUUCGGAAACAUGAUGACAAGUGGGAUUGCUAUUCUGGUUCAUGCUGUCAUAUACUUCUGCAUACUGACCAUCUUGAUCAUAGCAAUUGGUAUUCACAUACAUGUCAAUUAGUCCAUAUCAUUUUCAGCCACCACCCACAGUGGUGUUUGUUCUUUUCUUUUAAUUUUUUUCUGAAGUGAUUCUUCCUCUUUCUACUACUGUGCUCCUUCUUUAAUGUUGUCCUGCUACCUGAUUGGUUUAGUUAACUUCACACUCGGCAUUGACACAUUGUAAAGGAGCAUCUCAAUGAAUUGGUUCAUAACAUCAAUCAGGCUCAACAACGCAAGGUUGUUCCAUAUUGAGUUUGAUCUGACUUAGUUUCCAAUCUAUAUUGUUUAAGUUUUAUAGUAUCAGCAGCUACACAGAAAGAUCUAUCUGUAAUAAACCUACUUUUAUGGAGUUGCUUAUCAUUUUAACACGAAGCAUUGUCAUCCAAGCAUGUGUCAGAACCUAAGGGGCAAAAUAUCUAGACAAAGAUCUAUCUUUUCUAUGGGUAUUGUGAAACCAUGCACUUAGAGGGCACAUAUCCUAUACUGGAAUUUUGCAUAUCAACUAUUAGCAAAAUGAUUUCCUAUACCAAUAACCACAGACAUUCACAACCAACUAAAAGAAUAACAAUAGAAAUAGUUACGCAUCUCUAAAAUUGUCUCUAAUUCAAAGUUCAGACCACUUCUCAAAUAUAAUAUGAAUAUCUAACAAAUAAGAUCAACAAAAAUAGAUUAAAGAGCAGUUAAGAUGGUCUUGACACCACAUGAUAGAGGUGGAUAUACUCAUUCUACAUUUCUAGUCCUUCCCCUAUGUGGCAAAAGAGGUUUCCACUUAUUCACCAAGAAAAAUGAAAAAGAAAAGAAAGUGAUUUCAAGUUGAGGCCUUUAAUGUACCCAGCACCUUGAGCCAUGAAGCAUGAGCCUUGAGCUCAACAAACACCAAAAAAACCCCGACUUCACGACCUCUUCGGCUUUUUAAUCAUUUUUUUCCCAUAGUAUUUAGAAAGGAGCUUAAGCUCAGCAGUGGAUCUUGAAGACUCCUACUCCAAGAGGAAUAUAUUGCACCAGAGGUCCAAUGGAAUGAUUAAAAUAUAUGUACAUGUAGGAUAAACUAGAAUCAAUUUAUGCCGGUUUCUCAAAUCCAAGACUAUAACAAAAUGGAAAACAUCAGGGUCUAUAAAUAAGCAGCUUCAUCUUCUUCAAAUCAAUUAAAGAUUUGUGCUUUAUAUUAAUAAUUAAGUUCAAAACCAAGUACAGCCAUUAAGUUACAAGUUACUCAGAAAAGAGACAGAGUGUACACAGAUCCAAAGCGGCGAGAGUACCGGAUCAGCCAGUAUAGAUGUGGACGUGGACGGCCAAGAUGAGAAUGGCAUAGAGAGCGAAAAAGAUGAGAGUGUGCACAGCUAUGGCCUUGCCAUUCGUCUUCAUGCUCCCAAACUCCACCUGCCUACUGUUUCCCGGUAACGAGAAGAGAAGUCCCGGUUGCAGAAGAAUGAACAGCACCACCCCAAUCAAUAUGGGCCCCCAAUCCGCCAUUAUUAUUUCCUACAAAUUGAUUUUCAAAUGAAAUUUCGGAUUUUUGGAUGAGGGUUUCUGGGUUAGGGCCUGAAGUUACUAGCCUUCCUUCGUCGGACGCAGUGGGGAUGAAGACGUAAGUGAAAGGAUUUUGAUUUGCUUAUGUUAUCAGGGUUUUCUGAGUGAGAGUGACACAGGAUUCGGAAUUGCAAUUUUGCAAUUCUAAUAAGCAAAACAACCAUGACGAACGGCAGAAGAAGCUACUAGCAAGCAAGUGAAGAUUUUGCUUCUCUGCUUUCGGUUGCAGAUUAGAUCAUUGCAGUUGGGUCCACUGUCUACCCUAGAAUAAACGAAUAAGUGCAAUUGGGUCCCACGCACUAGCUCAAAGUUUUUUCCUUUGUUAUUCUUUUCCUCUUUGACUAUUUGAAGAUAAAGCUUGAGCCUUUAGUGGCAGAAUGGAAUUGAAUAGACCUGGUGGUGCUGAAAUGGACAGUGAUGGGAGCUUUUAACAGCAAACUCUCCCCUUUAAAUGCUAAAUGGAACUGCUAUUGAUUGCAAACAAAACAACACAAUAAUGCAAUUUAUAUGACUGGCUGGCUGCGCUCACUGCUUAUGCUAUGUUAUGUUAUGUCAUAGUAUGUAUGUAUGGCCUUGAUCACAAUUGAACAAUAGAAAAUGAUAAGGAUGCUCUGCCUUAUCCAAUAAAUCCAACCAAGGAACAACAACAGCUGCAAUACCGAGAAUUUAAAAUUGAAGCAAGGGCUAAAGUGGAUGGUUGAUCAAUAUUUAUGUUCUUUCCAGCUUUAUGAGAUUCCCAUUCCCCUCUUUCAAGGGCUUAAAUCCAAAUCAUAUAGCAUCCAAAUCCCUUUUUUAUAUGCUCUCUCUAUUAUUCUUCUGCUGAGUCUGAGCCCUGAGCUGAUCAAAGAAGGCUAGGCAGGAAAUCUCGGGACAGAGGCUUUAUUUAGAAUGAAGAAUUGGGCUGCUCCUCUCAUAGCUUCAGGGCUGUUUGCAUUUUUGUCACCAGGGUUGGUGUUUCAAAUGCCUGGCAAGGAACGUCCCUUCGAAUUUAUGAACAUGAAGACCAGCGUGGCCUCCAUAUUCUUGCACGCUGUUAUCUACGGUUUGCUCAUCAUUCUGUUUCUUGUUAUUCUUGACAUUCACAUCUAUGCUUAGGAGGCAGCUGCCAUCUCAAUUGUCAUUUUGUCAAAGAAAAGAAAAGCUGUGGUUUUUAGGAUUCUAGCAGACCAACUUAGUGCUUUUCGUGAAAGAAGGAUUUAGUUAUGUUGUUUUACUCUUUUCAUUUACUACCACUGGUGCUGUUGUGCUACUUCUACUUGUAUAUAUUAUUACCUUCAUGAAUUC